AUGGAUUUGUUGAUCUUGGGUGUUGGUGAGAUGAUUUUUAUUUUUAUUUCUUUUGAAAUUCGGAGUUCGAAGGUCGACUUUGAGAUUGAGAUUGAGAUUGUUAUAUGUGGUGUGGUUGAUGCUUGGGGUUUGUAUGACUUGUAUGACUUCUGGACUUUACUUAUUGUACACUACAACGUUUUGUGUGACCAAAAGGGUGUUUAUAGACCAGCAAUUGUAUUUAACUUAAAAUCUACAGGUGAAGAGCAUCUAUAG